AUGUAUUGGGCUUAUGUAAUUGUAUUGGGCUUAUGUAAUGUAUUAGGCUUAUGUAAUGUAUUGGGCUUAUGUAAUGUAUUAGGCUUAUGUAAUGUAUUGGGCUUAUGUAAUGUAUUGGGCUUUUGUAAUGUAUUGGGCUUAUGUAAUGUAUUGGGCUUAUGUAAUGAAUUGGGCUUAUGUAGUGUAUUGGGCUUAUUUGAUGUAUUGGUAGUGUCAUCUAUAAUUUUCAGAGAGAAAGAUGAAAUAUAA